AUGGAAAAGAAGCUCGACUUUAAACUUACAAAGGACGAUUCGGAAAAUGCUUCUACCUCUAGGAUUAGACCUAUAAACCUAGAAAGACGAAAAUCUCAACUUAGUAUUGAAUAUAGAACUCUUUCUAUAAAACUUGAAGAAUCUCGUACAAAAACUUUAGAAGAAAAUGAAAAAGAUCCUAGAAUAAAAAAAGAACUUGAAAUUGAUUUUCAUAAAUUAUCUCUUCAUGAACUCGGUUUACGUUUCAACACUGAUACUUCUUCAGGUCUUAAUUUUGAAAUCGCUACUCAAAGAUUACACCGUACUGGAAAAAAUAUUAUAAGUCCGCCUGAUUCUAAAUUAUUUAAAAAAAUUCUUUAUUACUUUUUUGGUGGUUUUUGUCCUUUAUUAUGGUUUGCUUCUUUAAUUUGUUUUCUUGCUUGGAAACCUCUUGGAAAUCCUCCUGAUAAAACAAAUAUGGGUCUUGCUAUACUUCUCUUAAUCGUUAUCUUCCUUCAAGCUAUUUUUAAUGGUUAUCAAGAUUGGACUUCUAGUGCUGUAAUGAAAUCAAUUAAUAGUAUGCUACCUUCUACUGCUACCGUAAUACGUGAUGGAAAAUCUCAAUCCGUUCCUCUAUCAACUUUAGUUAUAGGUGAUUUGGUUUUAUUAAAAAUUGGUGCUAAAGUACCUGCUGAUGUUCGUAUAAUAAAUCAAGUUGAUCUUAAAUUUGAUAAAUCUGUCUUAACCGGUGAAAAUAAACCCGUUAACGCUACCGUUGAAAUGACUGAUGAUAUUUACCUUGAAUCUCGUAAUAUUGGUCUUAUGGGUACUUUAAUAACUAAUGGUGAAGGUUUAGGCAUUGUUGUAGCUACUGGUGAUCGUACUGUUAUGGGAAAGAUUGCUGAAUUAUCUUCUUCUACUUCACAAGAAAGAUCUAUUUUACAAAAAGAAAUUACUAGUUUCGUUAUAAUUAUUACUUGUUUAGCUAUUACUACUUCUGCUUUAACUCUUAUUGUUUGGGCUACUUGGUUAAGAGUUGAUUAUCCUAAUUUUAUUGAUUUAUCUGGUGCUCUUGUAAAUUCCAUCGGUGUCCUUGUGGCUUAUGUACCUGAAGGUCUUCCAAUUGCUGUGACUUUAACUUUAACUUUAGUGGCUAGAAAAAUGGCAAAACAAAAAGUUUUAGUAAAAAAUUUAACUGUAGUUGAAACUUUAGGUUCGGUAAAUGUAAUUGCAAGUGAUAAGACUGGUACUUUGACUCAAAAUCGAAUGUUUGUAGAUAUAGCUCAUGUUGGUGAUGAAUCUUUUGAUCUGGAAAAAUCCCUUGAAGCUAAAAAUUCAAAAUCUUUAGGUUUUUAUCAAUUGGUUUCAGUUGGUCGGCUUUGUAAUUCUGCUUCUUUUGAUCCUAAAACUAUAGAAUUUCCUAUUAAUGAAAGGACUAUUUUGGGUGAUGGUACUGAUUCGGCUAUUCUUCGUUUUGUUACUGAAUAUGCUAUUAAUGAUUUGGAGAUUGAACAAUUCGACAAAAUUGCUGAAAUACCUUUUAAUUCAAAAAAUAAGUGGAUGUUACGUGUAAUGAAACCCAAGGACAAUAACAAUGUAUAUAGGACUGAUCGGCAUAUCUUGGUGAUUAAAGGUGCUCCUGAUGUGUUGCUUGGUAGUUGUACACGUAUUCUCAAUCCUGAUGGUACUGAAAGACCACUUGAUGAUAAUGCUCGAAAAUCUUUAGUUGAUACUCAAUCUGAAUGGAGUAGUACUGGUAAACGUGUCAUCUUACUUUGUCGUCGUGUUAUUACAAAUGAAAGUGAAAUUCCUUCGGAUACUAGUGAUUUGGAAUUACUUGGUCAACUUUCUUAUAAUUUAACUGUCAUUGGACUCAUGGGUAUUCUUGAUCCACCACGACCUGAAAUUCCUGAUGUUAUAAGGACUUGUCGUGGGGCUGGAAUUAGAAUCUUUAUGGUUACUGGUGAUUAUUCUUUAACCGCUUCUUCUAUAGCUAAACAAGUUGGUAUCUUUUCUGAUUCAGAGAAUACCAUACAUACUAUUAAUGAUCUUGAACAGUUAUCUGAAAAAUUAGAAAUUGUUGAACAUAAAGAACCAACAGAAGAAAUUCCUAAAAAAGUAAAAUCACUUUUGUUGACCGGUUCUGAUUUAGCAACCUUGACCGAAAAACAAUGGGAUAUAGUCAUUACCUAUGAUGAAAUUGUAUUUGCUCGUACAACUCCUGAACAAAAAUUACGGAUAGUUCAAGAAUUUCAAAACAGAGAUUCAAUCGUUGGUGUAACUGGUGAUGGUGUUAAUGAUGCACCUGCAUUGAAAGCAGCUAAUAUUGGUAUUGCUAUGGGAGGUGGAAGUGAAGUAGCAAUAGAAGCAGCAGAUAUGGUACUUUUGGAUAAUAACUUUUCUUCAAUAGUGGUUGCUCUAGAAAGUGGUCGCCUAGUCUUUGAUAAUUUGAAAAAAGUUAUUUUAUAUUUAUUACCUGCUGGAUCUUGGUCCGAAUUGCUUCCUGUACUUGUUAAUGUAUUUUUAGGUGUUCCAUUACCUUUAUCAACAUUUUUAAUGAUAUCGAUUUGUGUGUUAACCGAUAUGCUUCCUUCUAUUGCUCUCAUGUACGAGAAAGCUGAAAAAGAUGUACUUACACGCCCACCUCGAAAUCCAAAAAAAUCACGGCUUGUAGAUUGGAAGUUACUUGUUCAAGCUUACCUUUUUUUAGGUAUGAUGGAAUCAUUCUUUUCACAUUGUAUGUAUUUUCGUUACAUGCAAAAAUAUGGUGGAUUUCAACCAUCAGAUUUAUUAUUAGCUUAUAAUAAAUGGACAGAUGGAUAUAAAGGAUAUACAGGAGAUCAAUUAAAUGAAUUUAUAUAUACUGGACAAUCAGUUUUAUUUGUUAGUUUAGUUGUCAUGCAAGCUUUUGGAAAUCUUUUUGCAACUCGAACAAGAUAUUUAUCAUUAUUCCAACAUUUACCAAUUAAAAAACGAUCAAGUAAUUAUUAUCUUUUUUGUGCACAAAUUGGAUCUAUCCUUCUUGCUUGUAUUAUAAUAUAUACACCCGCAAUUAAUGAAGCUUUAAAUACCCGACCUAUUCCUGUGGAAUUUUGGUUUAUUCCUCUUGGUUUUGCUAUGGUCAUUGUGGUUGUUGAUGAAAUUAGGAAAUUUUUCGUUCGUCAUCAUUCCCCUUCUUUCUUUUACAAAAUUGCUUGGUAG